AUGGAAAAUCUAGCAUCUACCACACAAAACUAGGAAGCUCAGCAAGAAGAAGAGAAGCAGCCACCGUAGUUAACCUUGGAAGGCAUUAGAGAAUCUUAGUAUCUGGUUCAUGCCAUUGACAAAGAGGAUUUAAGUAUUAAGUUCGAAGUCUUAUUCUAAGAGCCAAAGAUCCAAACUUACUUCUAGUAACUUGGGGCAGACCUAUUCUCACAAUAGAUCAUAAUGUCGCAUGCUUUACUUUAGCUUUAGAAUGCAAAGUCAGAUUUCUAAAAGCAGAGAGCUUUCCUGAGACAAAUAGAUAGGAAAUCUUUAUUGGUAUCUAGCAUAAAAUCUUUAGAUUAAAGUCUCAUUCUCUCAAUAAUAAAUGAUAGCAAUUUUUAAGCAAAGUCAAUAGAAGGCAAGUUCAAGGAUUCUUACACUAUCUUAUUUGAGACUGAAGAAUAGGCUAAUAUUGCUAAAGAUGCAUUAUUCAAGAAACUGAUACAAACUCAUUCAGAUGUGAAGGUGGACUAUGAUAUCGAUGCUGAUAGGAAAACUGCACUUGAGGCACAUUUGUAGAGAAUCUAACAGUCGUAAAAACCCUGGGGAGCUCUUGGCGUAAAUGAAGCUGGUGUAUCCAGAGCGGCUAAAUAUAGACCUAAAAAUAGUAUGGAUGAAUUGACAUAAGAAUAGAGAACUAGAUUGUUCUCUGAACAGAUAGUGAAUAAUAAUGGCACUGUGAAAGAUGUAGGGUAUAGCAAGAAGUUCAUACAAUAUAGUAUGGAACAAUUAGUUAAAAUUUUUAACAACCUAAAUCUCCCAGAGACUAUGAAUUAAGAAUUCAAAGAUAGAUACUCAGAUGAAUUAGUGAGGAAUGUAUUCCGUGACACAAAAAGGAUUGAAUUAUGCAUUAAUGAUGCAGAUAUCAUAUCUAUGAGUAGAAGUGAUAGAGGCAUAAGUAUGGAUGAAACACAUGCUGAUGCUACCUAAGAAAGUCAAAUGAAAUUAAAAAAGACAACUGUAUUGACAGGUAAUCAUGCUCCAAAGCAAGAGAAAAGAGAUAGAGCCAGGUCUGAUAAUGAUUUCCACAAUAUGUUUAAGAAUGAUCUUUAAAGCCAUGCAGCUUCUAUAAAUAACAACACGAGCGGGGAGAAGAAAGAACAGAAUGAAAAUGACAAGAAAUAUCUCCCAAAAGGAGUGUCAAAGAAUUCCCUUGAAGUCCACCCAGAAAUGAAUGAGUAUAUUGCCUAUAGAAAGAAGAGUCAUGCUGUAUGA